AUCGACAACCUUUUUACAGAGCUCUCUCUCUCUCUCUCUCUCUCUCUCUCAGCUUCUUCUCCUCUUUCUUGAUCUUUUCCUUCUUCUUUUCUUCCUUCAAUGGAACACUUCCUUCGUGCUCCCUUCAAAGCCACUUCUCAAUCUCUGUUGCUGUUUUUCUUUUAAAGCUAAUAUUUUAUAUAUCCGAAACGUAAAACUCUGACCUUGAGAACAAAAACACAAUCUUUUUGGUCAUUCAAAGAAACAGAAACGGAGAAACCGAGAGAGGAGGGAAAGAGAGUUAUACGAGUAGAGAAAGCAUGGCUGGCGAAGAUCUGGAACGAGGGGGUACAAAGUCCAGAGGUAACAAUUACCCAUCAGGGUAUGGCUCCAAUCAGUACUAUGUUGACGCUUCGGAGCGCCAAUGGACUUCUUGGUUGAUUCCUAUGUUCGUGGUGGCCAAUAUUGCUGUAUUUAUAGUCAUUAUGUAUGUUAAUGACUGCCAAAAGAACAAUCUUGGUUUUCAAGGAGGGUGCGUGGCUAAGUUCCUUGGUCGGCUUUCUUUUCAGCCAUUGAAGGAAAAUCCUCUUUUUGGUCCCUCUUCUUCUACAUUGGAAAAAUUGGGUGCUUUGGAAUGGUACAAAGUUGUCCAUGGCCAUCAAGGGUGGAGACUUAUCAGUUGUAUCUGGUUGCAUGCUGGUGUCAUUCAUUUGCUUGCCAACAUGUUGAGCUUGGUCUUCAUUGGGAUCCGCCUUGAACAGCAAUUUGGGUUUGUUCGAGUGGGGAUGAUCUAUCUGCUGUCAGGGUUUGGUGGAAGCAUAUUGUCUUCCCUAUUCAUUCAACAGAAUAUUUCAGUUGGUGCAUCUGGUGCUCUGUUUGGACUAUUAGGAGCAAUGUUAUCUGAGCUUUUAACCAACUGGAGUAUAUAUAGCAAUAAGGCCGCAGCCCUUUUCACCCUUUUAGUCAUAAUUGCUAUUAACUUAGCAGUCGGAAUUCUUCCCCAUGUUGACAACUUUGCACAUAUUGGAGGGUUCAUGGCUGGUUUUCUUCUUGGUUUCGUCUUGUUACUUCGGCCCCAGUUUGGGUGGUCAGAGAGUCGUCAUCUUCCUGCUAACUCACGUGUCAAAUCUAAGCAUAAAGCUUACCAAUAUGUGUUUUGGUUGGUUGCAGUCAUCUUACUGGUUGUGGGAUUUACCGUUGGCUUGGUAAUGCUAUUCAGAGGAGAGAAUGGAAACAAGCACUGCAGCUGGUGCCAUUACCUCAGCUGUGUGCCUACCUCCAAAUGGAGCUGCGGCAAUUGACCAAGUCUUUUGAUGUCCGUAUAUACAAUUGUGUUUGAUAAUAUUGCGCUAUAAUUCUUUUGUUAUUACUUUUAUUUUAUUUUAUUUUUUGUUUUUUAAAUGUUUGUAUUACUAUUACCUGGAUGCUUUCACCUUUGUACAUGCCUGAAUUGACAGUGAACAUGUGGUUUUCCUCUCAGGGGAUAAAUAGUAUCACAUGGAUAUAAUUCUUUUUUAAUUUUCA